AUGGGUGAUCUUCCCAAAGGCGUGGAAUCCACGGAAUCACUUCACAUCACUAUGCUUCGAAAUAUCCUCGGCAGCAAAUUUACAGCAGACGUUUUGGUACAUAGCUACAAGAAGAGUUUAAAUGGUUUUGUCGCAAAGCUAACAGAAGAAGAAGCAGCGAGAAUGGCAGGAUUGGAUGAUGUUGUUUCUGUUUUCCCAAACAAAAGGAAUGAAGUGCAGACAACAAGGUCUUGGGAUUUCGUAGGUUUAUCUCAGUCUGCGAAGAGAACAAGCAAAGAGAGUGACAUAAUUGUCGGAGUAAUAGAUACUGGAAUUUGGCCAGAAUCUCGUAGUUUUGAUGAUCAAGGAUUUGGUCCACCUCCAUCAAAAUGGAAGGGCACUUGCCAUAACUUCAGCUGCAACAAGUACAAUACAUUUUCUUUUCCCCUUCCAAGAGAACUUGGAGCUAAAUAUUUUCGUACGAAGGAUUCGUAUGAAGAAGAGUUGAGUCCAAGGGAUUCAAAUGGGCAUGGCACUCAUUGUGCAUCCACUGCCGCUGGAAACUCAGUUGAGUUCGCAAGUUUCUUGGGCCUUGCGUCAGGAACAGCAAGAGGAGGAGUUCCAUCAGCACGCAUUGCUGUGUACAAAGUUUGUUGGUCAUCUGGUUACUGUGAUGAUGCAGACAUCCUUCAAGCAUUUGUUGAAGCAAUUGAAGAUGGUGUUGACAUCAUUUCCAUUUCAAUUGGACCUGCCAAUGUAGAACACUACAACUAUUUCACUGAUGUAUAUGCCAUUGGGGCUUUCUAUGCUAUGAAGAAAGGUAUAUUAACGUCUACUUCAGCUGGUAACAGCGGUCCAGAGUAUUAUACAACAUCCAAAAAUGCACCAUGGGCACUUUCUGUAGCUGCUAGCACUACAGACAGAAAGUUUUUAACCAGUGUUCAGUUGGGUGAUGGCAGAACUUAUCAGGGAUUUUCAGUUAAUAUAUUUGAUUACGUGAGCUAUCCAUUAAUUUAUGCUGGAAAUGCACCAAACAUCAUCGAUAGAUACAACAGUUCCAUAUUCAGGUUAUGCCAGGAAAAUUCCUUAGACGAGAAUUUGGUGAAAGGAAAAAUUGUUUCGUGUGAUGAUUUCCAACAAUCUUCAUGUGUGAGAUCGGUUUCUGGGGCAGCUGGUAUUUUAUUUAGAAGUUUAGGGCCAAACGAUGUCGUUUUUACAUAUGCAUUGCCACCGGUUCUCCUUCGUCGCAUUGAUGGGGCUCGCAUACAUUCAUACAUAAGUCGAUCAAGUAAAAUAGUUGGAGCUAAAUAUUUUCGUACGAAGGAUUCGUAUGAAGAAGAGUUGAGUCCAAGGGAUUCAAAUGGGCAUGGCACUCAUUGUGCAUCCACUGCCGCUGGAAACUCAGUUGAGUUCGCAAGUUUCUUGGGCCUUGCGUCAGGAACAGCAAGAGGAGGAGUUCCAUCAGCACGCAUUGCUGUGUACAAAGUUUGUUGGUCAUCUGGUUACUGUGAUGAUGCAGACAUCCUUCAAGCAUUUGUUGAAGCAAUUGAAGAUGGUGUUGACAUCAUUUCCAUUUCAAUUGGACCUGCCAAUGUAGAACACUACAACUAUUUCACUGAUGUAUAUGCCAUUGGGGCUUUCUAUGCUAUGAAGAAAGGUAUAUUAACGUCUACUUCAGCUGGUAACAGCGGUCCAGAGUAUUAUACAACAUCCAAAAAUGCACCAUGGGCACUUUCUGUAGCUGCUAGCACUACAGACAGAAAGUUUUUAACCAGUGUUCAGUUGGGUGAUGGCAGAACUUAUCAGGGAUUUUCAGUUAAUAUAUUUGAUUACGUGAGCUAUCCAUUAAUUUAUGCUGGAAAUGCACCAAACAUCAUCGAUAGAUACAACAGUUCCAUAUUCAGGUUAUGCCAGGAAAAUUCCUUAGACGAGAAUUUGGUGAAAGGAAAAAUUGUUUCGUGUGAUGAUUUCCAACAAUCUUCAUGUGUGAGAUCGGUUUAUGGGGCAGCUGGUAUUUUAUUUAGAAGUUUAGGGCCAAACGAUGUCGUUUUUACAUAUGCAUUGCCACCGGUUCUCCUUCGUCGCAUUGAUGGGGCUCGCAUACAUUCAUACAUAAGUCGAUCAAGAAAUCCAACUGUUACAAUAUUUAAGACUUAUCAAGAUCCAGACUCAAUAGCCCUUUACAUAGCUCCAUUCUCAUCUAGAGGACCAAAUGCAGUCACUCAAAACAUUCUUAAGCCAGAUUUAGCUGCCCCUGGGGUUGACAUUUUAGCUGCGAGUCCUCCAAUUUCAUUUGAUUCUAAUGUCGGAGGAGAUAUUAGAAUUGCAGAGUAUAAUAUAAUGUCUGGAACUUCAAUGGCAUGCCCUCAUGCUACUGCAGCAGCAGCUUAUAUCAAAUCGUUUUAUCCUGAUUGGUCCCCUGCUGCAAUCAAAUCAGCAUUGAUGACCACAGCUACCCCAAUGAGUAAAAAACUCAAUCAUGAAGGUGAAUUUGCUUAUGGUGCUGGCCAAAUCAACCCUAUGAAGGCACUGAAUCCUGGGUUAGUUUAUGAUGCAAAUGAAAUUGAUUAUGUUAACUUUCUAUGCGGCGAAGGAUAUGAUACCAAAAAGCUACGAACUAUUACAAAGGAUGAUAGCAGCUGUACACAACAACCUAAUAAUGGAAUGGUUUUGAAUCUUAAUCUCCCAUCUUUUGCCCUUUCCAUGAGCACUUCAACACCUUUUAGUAGCACUUUUCACCGAACCGUUACCAAUGUUGGAGCCAACACAUCAACAUACAAAGCUAGGCUAAAUGUACCUCCGUCUUCGUUAAAGUUGAAAGUAGAGCCAGACGUUAUGUCCUUCUCAUAUGUGGGUCAAAAGAAGUCCUUCAAUCUUGUGAUUGAAGGAACACUUAACGAGGUUACAGUUUCGUGUUCUUUGAUUUGGGAUGAUGGAACUUUUCAAGUAAGGAGCCCUAUUGUUGUGUUCGAUCCACAAAUGUAAUUUACAAGUGAGCCCUAUUUAUAAACUAUUUUGUUAU